AUGAGCCACCACUACGAAAAUCCCCACGAGAGCCACGAGACUUUCGCGCACUUUAAGCAUACUUGGGAGGAUCCGUUGUCCAAUGAUCAUACUCCAAACAAUCCACCGAAUCCGCACGUACUUCCGCAUAUCGAUCCGCACAAAAGUCACACCGCUUUUGCCAACUUUAAACACACCAACGAGGACCCGCUCUACAACGGGAAUCCAGUCGAGCAACGCCAUCAUGCAGAGAAAUCUACCUCAUCACAUCAUCAUCUUCAUCAUGAGCAUCAC